AUGUGGUAUCUAUCCAAAGAGGAAAGGAAACAGAUUGCUCGUGUCCGAGUUUCCCAGUUCCUAAACAAGGACACGACGCCUUCAGCACCUUCGCUAGGAGAGCUGAUCCGAAGAUUGGAACACUUCGUCAGGCAGUACCCUCAGAGCAGGACAGGCAGAGCCUUGCAGUCCAAGGAAGUCUCGAUGAACGCCUUAGCCGAAGCCAUUCGACAGACCUGCAAACAUGCUGAAGUCAGGAGCCAGGAGGAUGCCAUCAAAGAAUGGGGGGAAGAAGGACAGUCGUGGUAUGUCUCUGCAUGGAACGCAGACAAACAGGAGGUACUAGACAAGAGUGCCUGCAUCGAUGCUUCAGGAGCGUCCCCCGAGAGUGGUAAACUGAUUACCAUGGCUAUCCUCGGAGUUCCUACCCAGUACAUAAAACAAGUUGAGGUACUGUGUGAGAAGUUGAAGGAUCAAGGACUCUUGGUGCACGAGGAGCAGGGCAAGAAAUGCAUCUCGUGGAGAGCCCCGAUCAAGAAAGAUUUGAUUCCGACAGUGGAUGAAAUCCCAGUCGUGGCAACACUCCAAUUGAACGACGCAGCAGAACUGCUGUGGAAAGGACAGACGAACUUCAGGAUCGACGGAAAGAUGAUCCGCGCGGUUAGUGCAAUCACCAGGGUAACGAGACAGCAUCCAAUUAGGUUGGACUUCUUGCCCGACGCGCUAGGAGCAGUACCACGAAGAGUGACCUAUGAGAUCUGCGACGGGGAGGAUCUCUCUAUGGGCAUGACAAUUCGAGGACUGAGACGGAUCGUGGCGAGCUGGAAGGAGUCAGCGGCUGAGCACAUCGUCAAGAUCUCCUCGAAAGAAGAUGUCGAGACCAACAGCUGGAACGGUGAACAUCUAGUGCUCAGCUUCUCAGAAAAAGAAACGGCGAUUGACAUCCUCAGGUCCUUUGCGCCAUGGGACAGGGCAGGGAAACUUCUUCUCCUAGAGCCAGGCAGUGCCAACAUCUGGGAAGCGAUCGCUACAGAACCCCCUACAGAGCCUCUUUGGGCUCAGGUAGAUCUCGAACGGAUCGAGAAUGAGAUCAACAUCCCAGAACCAGAGGCAAACGUGGUCCUCGAAGACAUCUACAAAGUUCUAGAGGAGACUGUCAACCAGGGACAGAGUGCAGAAAACCAAGCUUGCAAACUCAGGCUCGAUGGAGCCAUCGUCGGCCUGUACGACAGCUUGUCAUCUCCUGGAAAUGCAUGUUUUCCGACGCUGAAGGAAUGGGCGGAAUCAUCCUCGGCAACCCAGGACGAC